UUAUACUGUUAUAUAAGUUUGCAAACAAAUAUUUAUUUAAAAUAUAUCAUUAAUAAAACCAUUUGAAUGCAUUCAUAAUGUUAUGAUUAAGUGAUAUAAACGGCAUUAUAUUUUUGUUAAUAACAAUGUAUUGGUGUUCAGUCACCACAAAGAUUGCAUUUUUGGUGACAAUUGGUCUCAUAUUGUCAUUGACUGGACUCAUGUCUUAUCUGUUUUUGCCAUAUAUUGUUGAAUAUAAUGUCAAACAACAAUUGGUUUUGUCGCCGACUUCAAUGACAUUUGAUGGAUGGCAAAGACCAUCGAUUGCUAUUUAUACAAAAUUUUAUAUUUUUAAUGUUACAAAUUCAGAUGCAUUUCUCAAUAAACAACAAAAACCAAUUUUACAAGAAUUAGGUCCCUAUACUUUCCGAGAAACUCAUGAAAAAGUAAAUAUAAGUUGGGAUCACAUGAAUGGAACCGUUUCUUACAAAACAAUCCGUCGGUGGCAUUAUGUCGCUGAAGAAACUAAUGGCAGUCUAGACGAUGAAGUGGUUCAUCUGAAUGUACCAAUGAUUAGUGCAGCCAAUAAAGUAAGCAAAUCUGUGGACCAAAGUUUUAUAUCGGAGGCAUUAAAUGUUAUAAUAGAAGAAUCUCAGAGUUUGAUAUUUAAGAGGAAUACUGUCAGACAAUUGCUGUUUGACGGAUACGAAGAGGUUCUGCUGGAAGCGGCCAAAGAUUUUUUCCCGGAGACACCGUUUACUCGGUUUGGUUGGUAUUAUAUGCGAAAUAAUACGUCGACCGAUGGAAUAUAUCGUAUAUUUACCGGAGAAAAGGGUAUUAAUAGGUUAGGACUUAUGGAUAGUUGGAAUAAUCACAAGAUUAACAAUAAAUGGUUUGGAAGUCAAUGUGAAAAAAUUGAAGGCAUUUCUGGUGGAGAUUUUCAGCCGCCAUAUAGACUGCACCCGAAACCUAAAAAUAUUGAUUUUUUUGCUGGAGAUAUGUGUCGACCCAUAACUUUAGACUUUACUGAAGAAGUUGAUUAUAAUAACAUUAAAUGCGACCGAUAUAUGGCUACAUCGGCUUUGUUUAAUUAUAACUUACCUGAAAAUCAAUGUUAUUGUCAUACAUCCAGUUGUCCAGCAAAUGGUGUUUUAAAUGUAUCAGUUUGUACACAAGGAUCUCCUACUGCCAUAUCAUAUCCACAUUUUUUAUACGCCGAUAAUAUUUAUUUACAAUCAAUCGAUGGAUUGUCACCUAAUUUAUCGUCACACGGGUUUAAUAUGGAUUAUGAAAAUACAUUGGGAAUACCACUCAAUAUAGCGAUUAGACUACAAAUAAAUACAGUGAUUGAACGUAACGAUCAAAUGGAUUUCGCUAAAAACUUUUCAAAUAAUCCCUUAUAUUUUCCACAAUUUUGGUUCAGUACUACCGCUCAAGUCAAUGAUGAAAUGGUUGAACAAUUAAACUUUUUGGUCAAUUUAGUACCUCAUUAUAUAAACAUAAUCUCAAUUUUAUUAUUAAUAACCGGCUUUUUAACUCUUACUAUAUCUGCUGUGUUUACAUACAGAAGCAAAAGAAAUCUUCAUAUAAGUCAAAGACAGAAAUACAAAGCCGUUGAAAUGAUAUCGACUUCGAGUAAAUAAAUAUUGAAAUUAUUAUGAAAAUAGUCUCUCACCUGACAAGUGUACAUAUCUAUGACAUAAUUAUAUAUUAUUAAUUAUAUUACUAAAACAAUAUUUAUAUUUAAAUAGCUAUA